CAUCGGGCACAGCUGGGACUCGAUGGCCUUGAAGGGCUUUUCCAGUAAAUGAUUCCGUGAUUCAAACCUAAUCCCGGCACGCGCUGGGCCCGGGCAGCGCCGGCCCUGCCCCCGCUGGUUCCAGCAGCGCCUUAUCAGGGUGUGAGUGGGGCGUGCUGGGCAGAGCUCACACAAGGCUCCACAUUCCUGCCCCUCUGCAGUUUCCCUGUUUGUUUGCCAUGAGCUCAUUCACGUUUAGGAGCGGCAGUUUUGUGUACAGCACUCCUUUGCUGGUAACAAGCUGAAUAAUACAUGUUAGCGUCAAUUAUUUAAUACCAGUGUGUGUGUAGCUGUCUGAUACGCUGAUUCAGUUGUUUAGCCUGUGUGAUGCCAAACCCUUUGGAAUUUAGGUGAAAAGCCCAGAAUUAAGUUUUCCUGAUGUUUCUUGGCCCCAUGCCUUCCCAUGGACUUUUGUGACCUGGGCAUGGCCUGUUGCAUUGGCUGGUUUAAACCGUGGAUUGCUGUCAGAUUUUGGGAUAUGCCAGGGACCAGACUGGAUGGCAUUUGUCUGGAAGAGCUGUCAGACAGACUUGGAUUCAGUUUGCAACCUCGUGUGCAGCUCAGUACAGCUUCUCCCUCAUUCUUUUUUCCCUCUUAAUCCAGAGAUGGCUGGAUUUGGAGAGCUGGUUUUUUAAGAUGGAAUAUGCCUUCUGAAUCAGCUAGAGGGAGAAAACAUCUGUUAAACAUCAGAGUAACUUUAGGUCAGGAAUUACUGCAUGACAGAAUCCAUGGAAUCAUUAAGGCCAAUCAUAAAGUCCAACCCUUCUCCCCAGCACUGCUGCCAAGGCCACCACUGCUCCAUGUGCCCAGCUGCCAGGUCCACAGGGCUUUAAAUCCCUCCAGGAAUGGGGACUCCAGUCCUGCCCUGGGCAGCUGUGCUAGGGCUGGACAGCCCUUUCCAUUAAGAAAUUUCCCCAGUAUCCAACAUGAACUUCUCCUGGUGCAACUUGAAGCCAUUUUCUCUCGUCCCUCUCACCGUUAUGUCAUUUUGUAACAUCAUAUGUGAAUUUUAGAGCUGUAAAUAGCCUUGAAACUGUUUUUUUCUGAUGUUGGGGCUGCAGUUAGUGUCACUCCUUCCUCUUACCCCUCUAUUUUAGAACCUGCAGAGGUACCCUCUGAAGUGCAGCAGCCUUUGAGUGAUUGAGGUCUCUGCCUGUUGCACUGGUAAAAGCACAGGGAUACUCUUUGAUACUUAAUGUUACAAAAUGAUGUUUUUUCUCAAAAUCAGAGGGUCACUGCAUGGUUUGGGUUGGAAGGCACUUCAAAGCCCAUUCAGUUCCACACGCUGCCAUGAGCAGGGACACCUUUCUCUAGCCCAGGUUACUCCAAGCCUGUGGCUGCCUAACGAUGGAGGGAAGAAAUCCUUAAAAAAGCAGUUAUUAGAAAACCUGCUGGGUGCACCACAGGGACUCUUGAACAUUGUGCCAAAUUUCCUUGGCUUGGUGAACUCCUGGGAAAACGUGAAUGGGUAUCCCAGGAGUUGAAGCUGCUGAGGAUAAGGGAGAGAGAUUUUUCCUUUCUGGCAGGAACUUCACCCCAGUGUAUAGUGGUGUCUUAUCCAUGUCCUUGCUGAAGUGAAAGCAGUGGUCUGGGUGUUGUCUCUUCAGGCUUUCAGUGUGAAAGGACUCUGGAGAGUUCUGGGGUGGGGACUUCUGCUUUUUCUUUUAAAUCCCAAAUGCAUUUGCCACCUGCUCCGAGGAGAACGGGAGGAACCAGGAGUGGCAGUGCAGCCUGUGAGGAUGACAGUGCAGCACUGUUCUUCAUCUUUCACCCCAGCCAGACUCACAGCUGGGAGCUGUUGUGUCCUGCAGAGUGCUGGGAUCCCUGAGCUGUCAGGGGUUUGGAGGAGGCUCAGCUCAGUGUCCCUGCUCCGGGAAGGAAAGGCUGGGAACAGCCGAGGCUCAGUGGCACCCAGCCAGGUCAGGCUGGCCUGGCACUGGCACGGCAGGGCUGGGCUGUGGCUCUUGGCAGGGACAUCACAGGAGGAGUGGGAGGAAGCAGGAGUCUGUCCCAAGGGGCAGGAGGAAGCACCUGGCACUGGGUGUGGGUGGGAGUGAGGGGCUGCAGGUCAGGAGCAGCCAGAGCAUUUCUGUGGCCCUGUGGUGCUGCUGGGUGUGUUUGGACAUCCCUAAUGGGGACUGAGUUGGUUCUGACAGUAAUUCUUGUCUUUGCUUUAGCCUGGUGUUGAGGGCACCUUUUAACACUUGUUUAUUUCAUAAAAACUUUACUGACUUGUACUAAAUAGGAAAAUUGAAUGAAUUAAGGGACAUGGGUCCAUGGUGACCGUGGCACUGCUGGAGUGGCUUGGACCUGAUGGUCUCAGGCAGCUUUUCCAGCCUGAAUGUUUCUAUGGGAUUUGAACAUAUUUCUUUAUUUGGAAUAAACUUCCACUGGACUCCUGCAGGAAAACUGUAUUGAUUAACUUUUGUAGCUCCCUGUGACAGUUUUUUAGACCCUCCCAAGGAUUUGUAUAUGCAGAUGUGAAAAUCUGUGACAGCUGUUGAUAUAUUUUAUUGCUGAAGAAGGCUGAUGCACGAGGCAGAUGCCAGCAGGGCUGUGGUGCAGUACAGGGACCCCUGGAGCACUGGCACACUCUGAGCUGGUGGCUCCCAGCCGAGCUGUGGCUCAGGAGGAGCGCUGAGCAGCGGUGUUCCCGCAGGAUCAGUCGCACAGCGGUGCCAUGGAGAACACGGAGAGCACGGAGGAGGAGCAGCCCACUGUGGGCAAUGAGAGCGCGGAGCCCGGCGCCGAGAGCGCGGCCGAGGAGCAGCACAUGGACUUCAGCACCGAGAUCAUGAGUGUCACCGAGAUGGAGCAGUCCCCGGACAGCUCCCCGGACCUCAACGAGGACAACACGCAGGAGAGCGAAAUUCCAAACAUUGAGAGCUUACAGACAACAGAUCUUGAGGCUGACUUCCCUCCGGAUUUUGACAAGUUUUGGAAAGUAGUAGAGGACAAUCCACAGGAUUUCACGGGAUGGGUUUAUCUACUGCAGUACGUAGAGCAGGAGAACCACUUGCCAGCAGCCAGGAAAGCCUUUGACAGGUUUUUCUCACACUACCCCUACUGCUAUGGGUACUGGAAGAAGUACGCGGACCUGGAGAAGCGCCACGACAACGUCAAGCAGUCAGACGAGGUCUAUCGCCGAGGGCUUCAGGCAAUUCCUCUUAGUGUUGAUCUUUGGAUACAUUAUAUAAACUUCCUAAAGGAGACCUUGGACCCUGCUGAUCCUGAAACUAACAGUACCAUCCGGGGAGCCUAUGAACACGCAGUGCUGGCUGCUGGGACAGAUUUCCGUUCUGACAGACUCUGGGAAAUGUAUAUAAACUGGGAAAAUGACCAGGGAAACCUAAGGGAAGUUACAUCCAUCUAUGACCGCAUCCUGGGAAUCCCAACACAGCUCUACAGCCAUCACUUCCAGAGGUUUAAAGAGCACAUCCAGAACAACCUGCCCCGAGAUUUCCUGACCACGGAGCAGUUUGUGCAGCUGCGCCGGGAGCUGGCGGCCGCCAGCGGCCACAGCGGCGAGGACGGGGACGAGCUGCCCUGCGGCACCGAGGACAUCACCGACCCCGCCAAGCUAAUCACUGAGAUAGAGAACAUGAGGCACAGAAUCAUUGAGAUCCAUCAGGAGAUAUUUAACCACAACGAGCAUGAAGUCAGUAAGAGGUGGACGUUUGAGGAAGCGAUCAAGAGGCCUUACUUUCAUGUAAAACCUCUGGAGAAAAUUCAGCUGAAAAACUGGAAAGAGUACUUAGAGUUUGAGAUAGAGAAUGGCACUCACGAGCGAGUCGUGGUCCUCUUUGAGAGAUGUGUCAUUUCAUGUGCCCUCUAUGAGGACUUCUGGAUCAAGUACGCCAAAUACAUGGAGAACCACAGCAUCGAGGGCGUGAGGCACGUGUACAGCAGGGCCUGCACCAUCCACCUGCCCAAGAAGCCCAUGGUGCACAUGCUGUGGGCAGCCUUCGAGGAGCAGCAGGGCAACAUUGACGAAGCCAGAAGGAUCCUGAAGACGUUUGAGGAGUGCAUCCUGGGGCUGGCCAUGAUCCGCCUGCGCAGGGUGAGCCUGGAGCGCCGGCACGGCAACAUGGAGGAGGCGGAGCAGCUGCUGGAAGAUGCUGUCAGGAAUGCCAAGUCCAUCAGUGAAGCCUCCUUCUAUGCCAUCAAACUCGCCCGGCACCUCUUCAAAGUGCAGAAAAACCUGCCAAAGGCAAGAAAAGUGCUGUCAGAAGCCAUAGAACUGGACAAAGAAAACACCAAACUGUACCUGAACCUGCUGGAGAUGGAGUACAGUGGUGACCUCAAGCAGAACGAGGAGAACAUCCUGAGCUGCUUUGACAAGGCCAUCCAUGGGGCCUUGUCCAUCAAAAUGAGGAUCACGUUCUCACAGAGAAAAGUGGAAUUCCUGGAAGAUUUUGGGUCUGAUGUGAACAAGCUCCUGGAUGCCUACGACGAGCACCAGGCGCUGCUGAAGGAGCAGGAGACGCUGAAGCGGCGGGCGGAGAACGGCUCGGAGGAGCCGGACGAGAAGAAGCUGCUGACGGAGGACGCGGGGCUGGCGGCGGCGCAGCUCAUGGACGGGGACAUGCAGGUCAACCAGGCCGCCUACAACUACAACGCCUGGUACCAGUACAACUACCAGAACGCCUGGAAUUACGGACAGUAUUACCACACAACCUGAUCCCUGCAGGGAGUGGAGUUCACUGUGCUGCAGUUUCAACAAAGAUGGAAUUAAAAAAAAAAAAAAAAAUUAUAUUUUUCUAAUUUUGGGCUGUGAAGGAACUGUUGUGCCACCUGCUUUUGGUCCUCUGCAUGUGAACCGAGCUGCUGCUCACGGGGUAUGUGUGAAGCAAGAUUCGUGUGCUGGUAACUGAUAAAUGGUCUCUGUACAAUUCUCAUUUACCAUAAAUGAAUUUUUUUAAUUCCCUGCACUAAUUUAUGGAGUAUCAGAAGAAUUCUCGUCGGUCUCUUGAUUCCAUAAUUGAGUGGGCGAAGCUGUGGGGUUUUGGGUUGGUUUUGGCCCAGGGCUGGAGCCAGGGCUUGUCCUGCUCCUGGCCCAGCUGUUCCAGGCCCGGGCUGUUGGGGCUGGGGGCCUGGCAGAGCUGCCCCACGGGUUCUGUAGUGUGGGAGGGGCAGGGAUUAAACCACCUUCGUUCUUUUUUAAAAGCACAAACUGUGUUUGGGAUGAGUUUUGUAUUUAGAGUUUUUCAUGUACACGGUGUGAGCAAAACUUUUUUCAUUUUGAUCAAAGUGAUCAUUCCCAUUUUUGUAAUAAAAGCGAGGAAUUCAGCAGUG